GUGUCCCCUAUUGUCCCUCGUCCUCAUGCCCUGGUGCUCCCUGCUGUAGCACCGGCUAUUGCUGCCUGUCCGGCGCCGGCUCCUGUUGCCCACCUCAUCCCCAUGGAGUUGGAUUGGACCUGGCUCCGUGGUGACUUUUGCUGCACCUGCUUCCGCUGCGGCAGUCCAGGCCAUCUUGCCCGUGACUGCCCCACUCCAGCUGAUAUAUGUCACGCCAAUGUCCUUGACAAGGUCAUCAAUCAGUUGGGAAGUGAGUUGCUCUCCGAGUUGGUCGCUUGGGUCGCGACUACUGCAGCUGUUGCGGAUCAUGCAUCCAACGUCGCAGCUGAGGAGGAGCAGGGUUUUUCCCCCAGCAACAAGUGA